AUGACAAAAAUAUUGAUUAUAUUAAGAUUCUUAAUUUAUAAUGUUGCAACCCUCACCCCUGAGCAGAAAGAGCUCAUUCAGCUAAGGAAGAAGGUAUUGGAGCUGGAAGCUCAUAACCUGAAUCGAGAAUGGAGUGUGGAGGAAAUAACCCCUACUAGAGUCAGCCCGGAGAAGCGAGUCCCACGCAGCAGGUCACCGACCUUAGAGAAAGGACCCAGCCCAGAGAAAGACAAACGAGCGCGAAUCCAGGUUGUUCCAGAUGAUUCCCCAUUUUGCCGGGAGAUUCUGGAGGAACCAAUGGAGAAAGUAAAGAUGCCAAGCUGCAGAUACAACGGAACCACAACACCCAAAAGCCACAUGUCAGCUUUUGAGAACCAUAUGGUACUUUACACUAUGACAGACUCAGUCUGGUGUAAAUCUUUCCCGCCGACCCUGGAGGGGCUGGCAGCGGAGUGGUAUGGAGCCAUUCCCAAAUGUUUCAUAUACUCGUACUGCCAGUUGAAGAGAAUGUUCAUGGAGCAUUUCAUAACCCUGGUAGACCGAACCAAGAUGACAACCGAGUUGAUGUCGUUGGUUCAAGGGAAAGACGAGCCCCUAAGGGAGUUCAUCACCAGAUUCAACAAGGAGGCAACAACCAUCCCAAAUAUGAGCCAGGAGGUAGCGCUACUAGCAAUGCAGAGUGGCUUACUACCAGGAUCACCGUUCAGAGCGUAUAUGGGGCGUAAGAGCCUCAAAACACUUGCUAAAGCGCUUGGCAAAGCACACGAGUUCAUCAAAGCAGACGAGACUGACAAAGCAAUGCUGGGUAGGAAAGCACCUGGUGACUUUGUUAAGCAGGCAGAGGUCACCCGGGCAGAGAAUACACCCAGGGUGGACCAGCCGAGCAGGGCUGAGCAAAACUGCAGAGAAGCAGACAGGGCAGUAGGACUGAGAAGGUCAGACCCAAAGAGAGGGCCAAGGCCUGGGAGGUUCGACCAAUAUACUCCAUUAACCCAUUCCAGGUCUCAUAUAUUCAGCGUGAACAAAGCUGAUGACAAGUGGCAGAGACCCCCGAGGAUGGACAACAUAGAAGACUUGGUCAAGAGAGGGUACUUGAAUCAGUUUAAGCAGCGCGAUGAUCCUCCCAGAAGGAGGGAUGAGGAUAGAGCGGGUCGCCUUGACCGCAGAGGAGGUCAUAGGGGCCCAGCCGGAGAUAGAGACAUAGAUGGCAAGCCAGAAGGCAGGGUGUAUGUGAUCAGCGGGGGCCUAGUACAUGGGGGAACAGUCAACAGAGCGCGGGCUGACCUGCGGGCGAUGAUACACCAAAUAAAUAACAAUGAUAAGCGUAGAUGGACACCUCUUCCCCCGCAGCCGCAGGCCACGUUUGCCGAGUAUGACCAGAAGGGCAUAAUUUACCCCCAUGAUGACCCGCUGGUGGUGACAAUGAGAAUCACAAACUGGGAGGUGGAUAGAAUACUGAUAGACGGAGGCAGCUCAGCCAACAUCAUAUACAUCAGUGCGUUCAACGAGCUGAAGUUGGACAAAAAAGACCUGAAGAGGGUGAGCUACGAAGUCACCGGGUUUAAUGGAUCAGGGCUUACCCCGGAAGGUAAAAUCGAACUCUCAAUCCGUGUAGGGGAAAGAUCAAGAAGGCGUGAUGUCCGGGCAGAGUUCCUCGUGAUAAACUCCCCUUCACCUUAA